CCAGACCACAAUCCAUUGCAGCACUUCCUUCUAUUGUUCUCUAGCAAGAUGGCGUCCGAUGACAACUUAGCCGCAGUUCUUCAUGGAAUAGAUGAUCUACGACUAGAGGAACAUCCGGUAAAACCGCCCGGCCCCGGAGAGGUCCAGAUCUCCAUGCAUACGGUCGGUAUCUGUGGCUCAGAUGUGCAUUACUGGAAGCAUGGAUGCAUUGGGGACUUUGUCCUCACUGCACCCAUGGUCCUGGGUCAUGAGUCAAGUGGCGUCAUCUGUGCUGUCGGAGAGGGCGUGUCUGAUCUCAAGGAGGGUGACCGUGUUGCCAUUGAGCCUGGUACUCCCUGCAGGACCUGUUCCUAUUGUAAGAAAGGGCGCUAUAACCUGUGUGCCAAGAUGAAUUUCUGUGCCACCCCUCCCUACCAUGGGUCGUUGUGUCGACGCUAUAAUCACCAGGCAGACUUCUGCUAUAAACUCCCAGACCAUGUCAGCCUGGAGGAAGGCGCAUUGCUUGAGCCGUUGUCCGUUGGUGUCCAUGCCUGCAAUAGGGCGGGUAUAACUAUUGGCAGUAAUGUUCUUGUGUGUGGAGCCGGGCCUAUUGGACUGGUGACUCUUCUCACAGCAAAAGCUUGUGGAGCCAGUAAAGUUGCGAUCACAGAUCUGGAUGAAGGCCGACUCAAGAAAGCCAGAGAGCUUGGAGCAGACUAUACCAUUAAGGUGGAAAGCAGGGAUGGUCGCGAUAUGGCCAGGAAAGUCCAGGAACUCCUUGGUCCUGCCGACCAGACAGUGGAAUGCACAGGCGCAGAGUCCAGUAUCCACACUGGCAUCUAUGCUACCAAGUCUGGUGGUGUCCUGGUCAUUGUCGGUAUGGGCAAAUCCAAGAUAACCCUGCCUAUCGUGGACGCCCUGUGUAGGGAGGUUGACAUUCGUGGGAUAUUCCGCUAUGUAAACUGUUACCCCACUGCCUUGGCAAUGGUAGCGUCUGGCAGAGUGAAUGUCAAACCCCUCAUCACACACCACUUCAAGUUAGAGGAAAGUCUACAGGCGUUUGAAACAAGCAGGACAGGGGCUGGCGGCGCCAUCAAAGUCUUGAUCCACUGCAACAAGGAAUAAUUCACAGAAAUAAGGAAAUGUCCACUGAAAUAAGGGAUUAUCCACUGAAAUAAGGAAUGAUCUACUAAAAUAAGGAAUGAUCCAUAGAAGUAAGGAAUGAUCCACAGAAAUAAGGAAUGAUCCACAGAAAUAAGGAAUGGUCCACAGAAAUAAGAAAUGGUCCACAGAAAUAAGGAAUAGUCCACAGAAAUAAGGAAUGGUCCACAGAAAUAAGGAAUGGUCCACAAAAAAAAGGAAUGACCCACUGCAAUGAGCAAUGAAAAUAGUACUAGAUGGUGAUGUCAACGAGAACAUUUGUUUUUUACUUCUCGCAAUGAUUUAAUCGCUCUAAAAAUCAUCCCAAAUUUAUUUUAAACAUUUUGUUUUGAUUUUUUUGUUAACUUAAAAUUUUCAAGACAGUAAUCCCAUUAAUACCAUUGACACUCCCGAAUAAUGCUGAAUUAAGCAUCCAUUUCCAUCAAUCAAGCGAGUAACUGAAACCGCAUUCAUUAUUUGUAUUUAGAUAUUUGAACAAUAACAAAGGAGUGGCUGGCUGAUCGACGAUUUUAAAGGCACAGCUUUGACAUAUCAGAAAUUGGGAAAAAGACAGCUCUGCCCCAGGCGUUCUUACCUUGCUCUCUGAUCGGGUUUCCUGUGGUAGGUAAGAGUUGUGAUGUCACGGAAAGUUCGUCCCAGACUCUACUCUGCAUCACGGUUUAUCUCUGAGCACAGGAAACCCGGUAAGGACGCCUUGAGAAAUACGGUAUUUGCGGACAUUUCAAGCGUUUUGUAUAAUAGGGAUGGAUGGUGUAGAUUCCUGUCGCGUGUGACAUAACAGAACAAUUGAUAGUUAGCAGGAGAAUCACCACAAAAAAUUUUGAUGCUUGGAAUGUAAGUGUUAGUAGAAUUCAUGAAACCAUAAAUGUUAUGAACAACAAAAAAUAACUGUAUGAGAAAAUGAACUGAAGAUAUCUUAUUAUUAGGUGCAAUAAAUCAUUCACCAAAA